UACAAGAUGGCGGAGAGUGCGGAACUGAAGCAAAUGGUAAUGAGCCUGCGAGUGUCUGAACUGCAGGUUCUCUUGAAUUACGCCGGACGCAACAAACACGGCCGGAAGCAUGAGCUGCUGACUAAAGCGCUGCACCUGCUGAAGGCCGGCUGCAGUCCUGCCGUACAUAUGAAGAUCAAGGAGCUGUACAGGCGCCGUUUCCCUACCAAACUGCUCUCGCCGGCCGAGCUGGCCCUACAGGGGGUACACGCGCCCGCCGUAUCGCUGCCCACCGGCCUCACCCAGCUGCCGUUUGACGGACACGCGUCACCCACGUCCCCUCUGCUGCCCAUAUCGCUCCUGGGGCCCAAGCAUGAGCUGGCGCUACCCCACCUGCCCUCUACGCUCCACCCUGUCCACCCCGACGUCAAACUGCAGAGGCUGCCCUUCUACGAUGUCCUUGAUGAGCUCAUCAAGCCCACCAGCCUCGCUUCAGACAGCAGUCAGCGCUUUCAGGAAACGUGUUUUGCGUUUGCGUUAACACCACAGCAAGUCCAACAGAUCAGCAGCUCAAUGGACAUUUCGGGGACCAAAUGCGACUUCAUAGUACAAGUACAGUUAAGGUUUUGCUUAUCAGAAACCAGCUGUCCACAAGAAGACCACUUCCCUCCUAACCUCUGUGUAAAAGUCAACGGGAAACCGUGCAACCUUCCGGGCUACCUUCCUCCUACCAAAAAUGGAGUUGAACCAAAGCGUCCCAGCAGACCCAUCAACAUUACCUCACUCGUCAGACUGUCCACCACUGUCCCCAACACCAUUGUGGUGUCCUGGACUGCAGAGAUUGGGAGGAGUUACUCCAUGGCUGUGUAUCUGGUGAAGCAGCAGUCAUCUACAGCGCUCUUACAGAGACUUCGUGCCAAGGGCAUCAGAAACCCAGACCACUCCAGAGCACUCAUCAAAGAAAAGCUAACAGCAGAUCCUGACAGUGAAAUUGCCACCACCAGUUUGCGAGUGUCUUUGCUCUGCCCGCUGGGAAAGAUGCGGCUAAUGAUCCCGUGCAGAUCGUUGACGUGUACCCACCUGCAGUGUUUCGAUGCCACACUCUACAUCCAAAUGAACGAAAAGAAGCCCACCUGGGUGUGUCCUGUCUGUGACAAGAAGGCACCGUACGAGCACCUGAUCAUCGACGGUUUGUUUAUGGAGAUCCUGAACAGCUGUGUAGAUUGUGAUGAGAUUCAGUUCAAGGAAGAUGGCACUUGGGCCCCCAUGAGGUCAAAAAAGGAUGUGCAGGAGGUGUCUGCUUCAUACAACGGUGUAGAUGCAGGCGGGUGUCGGCCGUCAGCGCCCGAGCAGAAAUCCAGCUCUCACACAAACGGCAGCAGCAGUAAGAAAGUGGAGGUGAUCGAUCUGACUCUGGACAGCUCAUCUGAGGAUGAAGAGGAGGAAGAGCCACCUAUAAAGAGACACUGCCCCUCCCUCUCACCAGCAUCACCACAGAUGAACAAGGGAGUGCUGAAUUUGUGUACACAAGCAUCUCCUGCAAGUCGAACUCCUAGCAUGCCACAAGUGGAGACCAACUACAUCCCUCCUCCUCCGCCGCUCAUACAGGACUACCGCCACUACUAUCCUACACCCAGUGAUCUGUCAGAUCUGAACUUUUUCUCGUUUUUGCAAGGAGAUAAUCAUCAGUGUGCCUCUCAGCACUACAACAUGGUGAUGGCCGCAGCAGCAGCCACGGCGUCUGAGGAUCACGACCUCCUGCUGAACCGUUUCCUGCCGUACAGCUCGUCUCAGCUUUUCCUGGACGCUCCUGGCACACCGGUGAGUAGCAACAGCAGCGCAGUUCACGCUGCUCUGAACGUCAACCGCAGCAACAGCAACAGCUCCAGCAGCAGCAGCCUCCCCACAAUCCCUCGCUCCAGCUCGGACAUCUACAGCUCUAUCCCCGAUAUCAUCUCGCUAGACUGAUUCACGCCUCAAACAGACUCCAUACAUUUGGAAUUGGGAGAAAAGAAAAACACGGAAGAAGGCAGAAAGAGCUGUGUUUGUUUGUUUGUUUGUUUUUUUCCCCUGAACGACAAACGUUUGCUAUGUACAGAGAACAAAUAUAUUUUCAGUUUUACUUUUUGUAUAUAUAUAUAAACUCGAAAGACUUUUUUUCCUAUUAUGCGAAUAACUAAGGUUUGUUUUUCUUCCAUGGAAAAAAAAAGAAAAAAAAAAGACAAGACGUUUUUUAUUUCAUCACAGGUUGUUGUGUUGUCGUCCCCUUGACUAUACUGUUAUAAUAUUUUAUAUCUUUAUGGUCUUUUGCUACGUUAUAUUUAGUGUCAUUUCUGAUUCCACAUCGAAGGCGUUACUCUCCCACACAGGGACACGGCAGUGCGUUUGCCCGUCCCUCGUCCACAUGGACGUUCCAGAUGGACAGAGACAUGCUUCUGUAGUGCUGGCAGUGUUUUUCAGCUCGCAGAUGGUUUUAUAAUACUUUUAAAUUAUGUGAAGUAUGUGAACUGUUAAGCAUUUCUUUAUCUUCAGGAAUCCGCUGUCUCCUGCUGUGGCUUUUUUUUUCUUCUCUCUUCCUCAUUAUUAUAUUACACUUAUUUAUAAUUAAGAGCAGACACACUUUGCUCCGAUUGUACUGUCAUCUUUGUAGAAUUUGUGCUGAAUCACUUUUUAUAUUUCAGACCACUUUUUUUUUUUUGCACGAUGCCAAAAGUGAUGCCACAGAAAAUCUUUCUUCCUUCCUUCUGUCUCUCCUUGCUUUUUUCUGACUCGAACAUUAUUUCACUCUUUUAAUUUUUUUUUAUUUGUAUGUUUGUUUGUGUGGUUGUGUAUCUUUUUAAGAUGAUCAAAAACGUGUGGGUCAUUCCCAAAAGGUUUCUAGUGGUUGCAAAUUUUGUUGAUUUCUCUGUAAUGCGGUGCAGCAUUUCUCUAUCUCUCUCUCUCUCACACACACACACACACACACACACUAUCAUUAUAUUCUGCUGUUCUUUUAGUAGGUGUGUGUGAAGUGAGAUUUUCACUCUGCUCCUUUCAAGAAGGCUUACAUACAGCUUUACAAUAAACUUUAGUACUUAGAGUUCUGCUUGGUACUCUAAUUAAAGCCUCCACAUCUCUCCAGUUCAGUCCUGUUCCUUCAGCUCAUGAUUCAGAGAAUGAUCAAAAAUUUAUAGAAAUACGAAGAUUUUCCACAGACCACAGAAGCCUCCCCCUCAUCAUACAUAGUUUAAGGAAAAUUGGCAUCUUUGUCGUUCAUAAAUAUAGCUAAAUAACCCGAAGAUAGAAACAGUACUGGUAUAACAAGCCUAUGAUAAUUAUUUCGCUGGGAUUUACACAAACCGUACAGAUGAUGCGAGUCGGGUGAUUGUGAUUGUGUAAGCAUUAUGAUUAACACCUACUGUGUUUUAUUUCAUGUUAAAUUGGUGUGCAAUGAUUUUAUACAGUAUAUGAUGGAUCGAAUGUACUCCCAUUAAACUCUGCGCCAGGUGGUACAGUAGCUGUGCAACUUUAAAAUAUAAUGCAUUACUGAGCAAAGGCCUGAAAUUUUUCAAACAAAUGAACCUCUUCCUCUUCCCCUUUUCUGUCAUUAGACAGAAAAUAAAAGGAAAGGAAGAUCGUGAAUAAUAACCUACACAGAUAGGCUUUUUAAUCACAAUGAAAAUAGCUCGAUCUUAGCAGGUAAGAGAGAAAAGGUCUACUCCAGAGACUCCAGAGGUGUGUGACCUUUUACUUUAUGACUCAAUGCAUCCUGUAUGAGUAAAAAGCAGUGUAUUUAUUCAAGGAGUUGUUUCAAUUAAGUAAUGCUUUUUGAAAUGUAAGGGUUAAAAGUACCUCAUUUUUACUUGAGAUUGUUCAGAAUAACUGAAGCUUGUGUGUGUGCAUAUUGCGUAUGCAUCGUCCUGGCCACUGAUUCUAGUCGAAAUAAUUAUCAUAGGCUUGUUUUUUUAUUCUAUAAAUCAGCCUUCAUGAUGUGACUGAUGGUUUUCCUAAUUGUCCAUAUUUCACCUCUUCUUUUUCUAGCAUAAAAUAUUUUAGGUAUUUUUAAUUUUAUUUUAUAUAUAUAUUUUUUUUCUUUUUUUUUUCAUCAUGCCAUGACCUCAUAGAAAAGUGUUUUGUUCACUUUCUCUGUCACUUAAACGAAUAUACCUUUGUGAAGGAGAAAAGGUGAUUACUGUGGAAUUUCAUGACUGACCUAUCGGCAUUUUAGCUAUAUGGAAGAUUUUAGUCUCUUGUGUAAAACACUGCAUUCAUUAUACUUACAAACAAAAGCUUUAUCGUAUUACAGACAAACUGAUGAUCACAAGCUCUCGUGCGUUUAACUACUACAGUAAUGUUCUAGUUUUCUAGCUCUUUGACAGUGUUAAGUAUUAAAGGUCUCUGUUUGCUCCGUAACUGAUGGUGUGGAUCUUCACCAAGUCAAAAAACUGUCAUUUUUGUCCCUUUCAUGUUUGAUCGAUUUAAAUUUGCCUUUUUGAUUUCUCUGCUUCCUUUCUUUUAUCUUAAUAUUAGUGUUUUUUUAACGAUUGAAAAAGGGAAGUAUUUUAUGUGUGUUUGUGUGUUUAAGAGAGAUUUGAUAUGAUUUGAUUUGAUCUAAGGUAAUCUAUACUGUAUGAACAUGACUGAUUUCUCUGAUAUGUUUUUGUAUUUCUGCCCCUGAAACAAUACAUCUCAUUGGAAUUUUUUUUUAAUGCAAAAAAACUGUGCUAGAAAGUAGAUGCUGUGUCUGAGUCAGAUAUUAUUUGAGGUUUUUUUUCCAUAUAAGCUGACAUCUGCGCUCACUGCCUUAAUCUUUACUUCCUCUGUCUGUGGCAUGUCCGGUAAGAGAAACUGCUUUUUAAAAGAAGAUGUGGAAGAAAUAUUGUAUAGUAGAACAAUGUCAGUUUGUACAAAGUACUAAGGGAAAAAAAAUAUUUAUUACAUGCAUUGGAAGAAAUUGUUUACUUAUUAAAUGUUACCUGUUUAUUUAGGGACGUUUAGAUGUAAUAAAUACAUUGAGUUAAACUUU